AAAACAUAAACUGAGAACAAACAAUUUAGUCAAAAAUGGGAAAGAAGAUUGAUGCCAAUAUUAUUCAAUUGAUGGCAAUGUCAAUAUUGCUAAUGUUGAUUUGUACUUCACAAGUAUUAUGUGAUUUGGAUCAAAAAUGUUUUAGGGAUUGUAUUCGUGCAUGUUUUCAAAAUCCUGGAUGUUACAUAUCCUGUGGAAAGGAAUGCUCGCAUAAUUCUCCCAAUAAUUCUUUAAUCAAAGGGUUUGGAUCAAAGUUAUUGAGUUCUGCCGAUCCCGUGACAAAGACGAUGGCGCCCCCCGUGGAUACAAGUCGCAAAGUCCUUGGAGAGAAGAUAAAUCUUGAUUUCUGCUUGAAGAGAAAAUGUGUAGAUGCACCAGUUUGCUGGUGUUGUUUCGGAAUAUCAGAUGAAUGUUGGAUACCAAAACAAAGUUGUGAAGAAAAUUGCCACCAAUAAUAUUCAAAAGCUUUGCCAUGACAAAUUUAAUGUAACCUCAUUUCUUGAUUUUUAAAAUUUGCUU